AUGCAGAUUUUCGUCAAAACUUUGACGGGUAAAACAAUUACCCUUGAAGUCGAACCAUCGGACACGAUUGAAAAUGUAAAAGCAAAAAUUCAAGAUAAGGAAGGUAUUCCACCCGAUCAACAACGCUUGAUCUUUGCUGGCAAACAACUCGAAGACGGACGUACACUUUCGGAUUACAAUAUCCAAAAAGAAAGUACACUUCAUUUGGUUUUACGACUCCGUGGUGGUACAAUUGAACCAACUCUUCGUAUGCUUGCUCAAAAAUAUAACUGCGACAAAGUUAUUUGCCGAAAAUGCUAUGCACGACUUCAUCCACGUGCUGUCAACUGCCGUAAACGUAAAUGUGGUCACACCAGCAACUUACGACCAAAGAAGAAACUCAAAUAA